AGCUACUUCGCUGGGCUUUUUGUUUUUUAUUAUCAGCUGUUCGUUGGGAUCUAUACUGCGGUGCUAUCAUUUGCAAAAAUAAACAAAAGAUCAUAUAUUCUGCACCUCUACCUCGGAAACUACCAAAAAGACCAAAAAAUUAUUUUUAACGAAUUAGACGGCGGAAAAUCGGUUGCUCUAUAAAGAAGCAGGUCUGGCUGAAGUCGUUCUGCUGAGAUCUGCUCGUAACAUCUGCCAGAGAGACCCGUGUACAAGGCAAUCCAGUUCACCAUCUAUUAUUAAGUACAAUCACUUGUAAUUUAUAACCAUGUUUCAACGGCUCACAAACCUGCUCUUUGGAAGCGUGAAUGAAACAACUCAGGAACCAACUGUACCAAAACAAGGGUCUCCGGAAGUGGACGAGGAGGGCUGGCUCAUGGUCAAUGCAGCUGAUGGAGAGACAUCCUCUGAACCCAGUGAGGUGCAGUUCAAGUUAAUAAGAACCCUGUCAGGCACUGAGAAAUCUGCUGCCAGCUUGGUCAGUGAUGGAAGCAUCGUAGAUCCGGAAGUCCCUGUUUCUCGAGGCAGUGUUCGAGUAUCUCAGCGGCUGGUCUCUCAGUCCGGGGCUCUGGUCAAAGUCACGCAGGUGGGCCGUAUACAGCGGGCUCAGGCCCGGGCCAACCGCCACAAUCUCGGCCGCAAUUGCAUUCAACGCCAGAACCACAUUCGUCAACGUGUUCCUCAACAUUACUCUCGCAUACACCGCGUGAUGCUCCACCAGCCUGGCCGUCGCAACUUUAAUUACUAAGAUGCAGAGAAAGUCAACAAGCGCGCAAGCACAUGCAAGUACCUUGGUGCAAAAUAAAAGCUUGAUAUGAGAA